CCUUCUGGUACAAACUGACCGUCAGUUUUGUCUCUGCUAGUGAAGGAGAAACUAUCCUCAGCACUUGGAAUCUCAAAUCGAAAACAAUAAUUGUCAUAUCCUCAGCAUGGAGAUGAAGUGGUUACUCUUUAUCUUCGUUAUUGCUGUGCUAGCUAUUAGUGGCAUCGAUGCAAGGAAAACAAGUAGCAGCCGUCGAGGAGGCAAUAGCCACAAUCGUGGUUCGUCUUACUCUAGGACAACAUCACGGCCUCAACACUCUCAAGCUCAAAGGGGACAGGAGUACAGAAACUGGGCAAGCAAACUCACCGGGGCUGGUCAAGAAAAAAAUCAUAAAACUGAGAAUCGUCGUCCAGGUUCCAACACCGGAACAAUCGGUUGGAACGUCCCGCCGAAGCAAACCCCAACAUCAAACGUGAAGCCUUCGGCCCCAGUAUCCGAUACCGUCUCCAAGACAAGUGCAACCAACGUCCAGAACUCCAACUGGAAGCCCUCGGGUGGUUACGGAGCCAACGGUCAGCCCAACAAUCCUUCGACGAACACAGGACAUCAAGGAGCACCACCACCGUAUAAUCCGUCCGUAGGUAGUCACAAUCCCCCUCCGUACAGUCAGACAUAUCACCCACAGAGCCACAAUCAGCCGUACGGACCACCUCCUGCAUAUGGAUCGCCAUCAUAUGGAGCUCCUCCAUCCUACGGAGGUGGCUACCAUGCACCUGGUGGUUACCAAUCGCCCGGAGGUUACCACGCACCCGGUGGAUACCAAUCACCAGGAGGAUAUCACGCACCUCCAGCCUACAAUCCUUAUCAGAGUCAUUCAGUAUCUCCUGGGGUCGGAUACAAUCCUCCAGUGGGUCAUGCACCUCAAACAAUACUCGUCCAAGGUGCAUCAUCCCGACCAGGAAUAGGACAGUUAGCCAAGGAAGCUCUUGUAUUCGGUGCUGUCACUGCUGGUGUCAACGCUGCCGUCAACAGGAUUAUUCCUGGAGGAAUUUACGGAAAUUCUGGACACUAUGGUAGCAGCGGAGGGGGUGGAGCUGUGGGAGUUCCGGCCUCUACUCACACCCAGAUCACUUAUAAUAAUUAUUACAAUAAUGGAAGUGCCCCGCAACCCGCUGCUGAAGGAGCAGCCGCAGCUCCUGCACCAGCUGCUCCAGCAGCGGCUGCCCCUGCAUCCGCUCCUGCGCCUGCUGCUGGGGCACCCGCUGCUAACCCGGCUCCAGAACAACCUAGUCAGAGUUCCAACACCAAUGCCAGUCCUGAUAAACCGGCGAGUGGAGAGGUACCGAAACCGGCUAAUCCUCCCAGUGAGGAAGCUCAAUUUCCGAGUCCCCUGGGAUACGUGAUUACCAAAGCAGAGAUUCAGAAGCUGACUGAGGACUUGUUGAGCAAAGAUAAAAAUAAUGCGUUUAAGCAUAUCACGAUGAAUUUGCAGGGUCAGAAGACAGAUGACAGUGUCACUGAUGAUGCUGCUGAACCCUUAUUAACUGUUAAAGACGAAGCCUACGAAAUUCCAACAAUAAAAGCAGUCGUCGCUCUGCAUGAUAACUACGAGCUCGAUAUCAAAGUCAAGGAGAUCGUGACACCAGAAAAGCGAAAGGAACAGAACGAUCUCUUGGAUCAGUUUAUGCAAACGGAGAUAAUGCAGGAAACAUUGAAAUUCCUAGCGGAGAAGGGAUACGUCACAAACGAUGAAUAUGAUUUCAAGGAUACCUUACGGCGUAUCUGGUUCACUCAAUUCAAGAGAAUUGAUGCAGACGCUGGAAGCUCUGGAUUCGAAACGGUCUUCCUAGCCGAACAAUUCGAUAAGGAGAUCAUUGGAAUGCAUAAUUGGGUGUAUUACGCCAAACAGGAGGCCGCGAAGAAGCUGAAUUACUUGGGAUACAUCAAGCAAGAGUCUCUUGGAGAUAAAGGGGCAAUCGUGAAACUUCGAUCGACCCUUAAUGAAAUCGUCCAGCCAGUCACAACAAUUUUUGUUGGCACAUCACCAGAGCUGGAGAUGGCUUUGUAUACAAUGUGUUUCUACACCCGACCGAAUUACCCCUGUCCGAUAAAACUUGGUGGCACUGAUUUCGCGAUCAUUUCUAAUAGAGUAAAUUAUUUGGGGACAGACAUUCUGGUGUCAGCGUACCCAGAGAUUUAAAAUGUCCUCUCAAUAGUUUACCAUUUUUACUUUUUUUAAUGUGUUAAACUUGAAAUUUAAAUUUUACGGACUGGAUGAACAAUUUUAUAAUGAUCCAUUAAGAGAUAUGAUGAUUUAUGAAAAAAAUGGUGAUACUUGAGUGAACCUCAUCGUAAGAGGAACCAGCUGGUAGUCCGAAUGCUUCAGAUACCAAUGUGAUAACAUUCUAAUUCAACGAGAUUUUGUAACGAACAAAUACUAAAUGAAAUCAGUAGAAAUGGACGUAUAUUCGCCAGUAAAAGUCCAAACAACCAAA